AUGGCUGAGGUACUGUCGCCUCCUAUCACACCGACCAGCACCAUCACCAUGCUGCACUCCCGACCUUCAUCCUCCGACGCGUUCAACGGCUCCUCGCAACAAUACUCCCAGGCACCGCGCAUGGCGCAGCCCUCGAGGAGCGUGUACAACGCACAAAACACUGGCUACAGAGGCACCUCGGCCGCGCCUGUCCAGCCCUAUGCAUUUCAGUCGACGCCCAAUCUGCGGCAGGACAACACCCGGACCGUCUCGGCUCCAUCAACUUCACACGGCACCAUCGGCAGCGGGCGACAUACUCACACGCAAUCGGCUUCCGCAUCAUCUACCACCUCAUCCGAUGCAUCUUCGCAGCCUUCGGCCAAAGAUGACUCGGUCAUGGGCUCGCGCAAUGGCUCCCUCAUUAACUUAUCCUCGAGCAUCCCUGAUCUGUCAUUGACCACGUUCGACCAGCCCGCAAAACCCUCACCUGAUCGAUAUCGCCGUCCAGCGCAGAAGAGAACCGAGUCGACACAAUCGGGUAACGUUACACCCAAGGCAUCUUCGCCUCAACUCGGAAGCUCGGUGCAGCCAUCUGGUUCGGGUAUGGCGAGUGUAAGCCAUCUGGUACAACAGCAACCAGCUGCCCCACAACGGCAGGGCAGUGUUGAUGAUAUGGAGAUGGGCAAGUCUUCCGAGUCUGGACUUGCAAAGAGGUAUCGUCGCCGAAGUCUGAACAACUUCGAUGGCUCGAACCUGCAGGUCACUGACGCAAAUGCUCGGCCUUCAUCGGGGCACGGCAAUGCUACGACCAUCAGACCAGUGUCCUUCCACUCGAGAUCUGGCAGUGACGACAGCCAAUCCUCGCAACGUAAGAAAGGCAAGGAGAACUUGAACACUGCGUCUGCAGCUUCAGCCGAGCAGAAAGGUGUCAACAUACCUCCCCGAGGGUCAUCCGAAGCUGGCAAGCGCAUGAAGUCGCCCUCGCCGCUCUCGAAGCAGACCGUCGAGGACAAUGAUCCAACGCCGGUUGGUUCGCCUGUCAAGCAGAAGACAUAUGCUGCAGCCGCCCAGUCUGCUGUGCAAGCUCCUUCGCCAGCAGCAGCACAUCUCGCUGCAGUGUCCGAUAAGGACCUCAAUAAAGGCAUGAAGUCUCGCUUACGGCGUGCUUUCUCCUUUGGCAGUGCCCAAGAGCUUCGACGUGCAACAGAGAACAGUGCUGCAAAAGCCAAUGCCGCUCCUGCCGCUGCACAGCAGACACCACAUGCCCAGAACGCGCAGGCGCAACAUCAACAGCAGAUCGAUGAUGAGCUCGACGCGGAGCAACUGGAGAUUGCUCGCCGGCAAGAGGCAGCUGGAAUCGGUGCGGGCAUCUACUCCGGUCAAGGUGGCUUCACUGGCUCGACGGACAACCUCUCGAUCUCUUCGACCGCCUCGUCUGCGUCCAUGAUGCUACGCAAGAUGGGUCGUGGUGCAAAGAAGAGUGCUAGAAGCAUCAAAGGUCUGUUCCGGCCUAAAUCCGUCAUUGGUGUACCGGCAGCCGAUGGUCCAAUUUCGGCCACGAAUGCCACUGUCCAAGCGAGUGUCGGCACGGUCUCAAUGGUCACGGUAGAAGCAGAGAGGCAGAAGGUCAACGUCACCGAGCACCCUGGAGAGAAACCACACGGUAUCACCGGCUUCCCGAAACUGGAACGAAACUCAAUAGAUGCAGCUAAAGGUGUGAUGCCCCUAUCACGAGGGUCUGCCGAUCGAUCAGAUUCACUGUCGCGAAGAAGCAUCGUGGGAAGUGAUAAAGACCGAGCAGAGGUGCUCGCGGCCGUAAAGAAGGGCAUAUUGAAGCGCUCUGGCACGGGAUCUCCAAGUGGCUCGCCCGUCAUCAGGCCCGCUGACAGCCUACAAGCAGCGACAAUCUCGACAGAGAGUCCGACAUCGAGCAUGCCGAGCACACCACGGGACGGACAGAGUCGAAGCGCGUCAAUGAGGAACGCACCUGUCAGUGGCGACUACUUCGCGCAAAGGCCGACCAAAAGCUUAGCGAACACACCUAAUGGCAGUGCACGAAACAUCAGCUUCAGCCCUCGUAUUCAGUUCCACGAUGCUUGGUCAAGCUCCGAGUAUGAUCGUCGUGGCGAGAUUGCCACAUGCAAUCGCUUGACGCCCAUGCUUGCGCAGCAGAUCAAGGAGGAACUGAACACCUUCAAGAUGGAAAUGGAAGUCCAUGAGAUGAGCAAGCCUCACACGCACUUCUUCUGA